AUGUCCGGAAUAAACACACCUGUUUCGAGUACAACAACAUUUGAUUCUCAGCACUCUCGUCAAAGUAGCCUGAAGACCGAUACGUCCGUCGAAGACGAAGUGACUCAAGUGGAAACUUUAGUCAUCGGCGCUGGACCUACUGGAUUAGGAGCAGCUACUCGUCUUCAUCAGCUUGGUAGACCAUACCUCAUCGCAGAUGCAGCCGAAGCUCCAGGUGGAUUAGCGAGUACAGAUUUAACCAAGGAAGGUUUCUUCUUUGAUGUCGGUGGUCACGUUAUCUUCUCGCAUUAUGCUUAUUUCGACGAUGCUAUAAAUCGUGCCCUACCUAAUGCAGACGAUUGGAGUACGCAUCAGAGAAUCAGUUACGUUAGAGUCGCAGGAAGAUGGGUACCAUAUCCUUACCAAAACAACGUAGCUCAAUUACCGCUUGAUCUUCGUGUCAAAUGCAUCGACGGUCUAUUAGCAGCUGCCGAACAUCGAGCUCAAACUCCAGGACAUAAACCAAAAACCUUCGAUGAAUGGAUUAUGAGAAACGUGGGUGAAGGAAUAGCGGAUUCAUUCAUGAGACCUUAUAACUUCAAAGUAUGGGGAACCCCGACCAGCAAUAUGCAGUGUAAAUGGUUGGGUGAAAGAGUCGCGGCGCCUAAUGUUCGAACUGUAAUCAAGAAUGCUUUGACAGGGGAGACAGCAGGGAAUUGGGGACCUAAUGCAACGUUCAAAUUCCCAAUGAAAGAUGGUACAGGUGGCAUUUGGACUGCUGUAGCUGCCAAACUUCCUACAAAAACAUUCAAGUUAGGUAAAUCAGGUCAAGUAAAGAAGAUCAACGGACCGGAGAAAUUGGUUGAAUUUGAUGAUGGCAGUAAAGUGAAAUAUCAAAAUUUGAUCUCUACGAUGGCUUUAGAUGGUUUAUUGGACUGUUUGGAUAUUAAUUCAUCCAGCUCAAAUACAGUUCCAAAGAUGAAAGUCGCCGCAAAGGAAGGUUUGGUCUAUUCAAGUACGAUCGUAUUAGGUAUCGGAAUCAGAGGCACAAGACCCGAACGUAUAGGUGAUAAAUGUUGGUUGUAUUUCCCAGAAGAUGAUGCUCCAUUCUAUAGAGCAACUAUUUUCUCCAACUAUUCACCUUUCAAUUGCCCACAAUCCGAUAUCAAGUUACCCACCUUAAGAAAGGCAGACUCAUCUUUACCAUACGACGAAGAUGUCAAGGAGGGUCCAUAUUGGAGUAUUAUGCUUGAAGUUUGUCAAUCUUCUGAAAAGCCUGUAAACCUGGAGACAUUGAUGGAGGAUACUAUACGUGGAUCAGUAUCAACUGAAUUGAUGCUCCCUACUGAUGAAAUCGUCUCUUUAUACGAAAGAAGGUUCGAUCACGGAUAUCCUACACCAUCACUAGGUCGAGACGGAGCGAUCUCACAGAUUCUUCCAGGAUUGAAAGAAGAAUUCAACAUCCGUUCAAGGGGUAGAUUUGGGUCAUGGAAAUACGAAUGUGGUAACCAAGAUCAUUCAUUCAUGUUAGGUGUCGAAGCUGUCGACAACGCUUUGUUCGGUACUCCCGAAAUGACUUUACAUGAGACUGAUUGGGUCAACGGAAGGAAAAAUCUCGAAAGAAGGCUUCUAUGA